GCAUUUUUGCAGCCACCUAAGUUUACGGAAGAGCAACUGGUAUAAGUGUACAGAGUUUGAUGGAUGAGGAAGGGAUUUAAAAAUAUAUAUAUUAUUGAAAAAAAUAGUAUUCGUUUUCUUCCUCAACAACGUCGGUUGGUUUAAAGGGAUAAAUAUGCCUUUAUUUGCGCAGAAUCCAUUCGACCAAGAUGUUGAGAAAGCAACCAAUGAAACCAAUACAGUGGAGGACUGGGCCCUGAUCAUGGAUAUCUGUGACAGGGUUGGACAUACACCCAAUGGAGCUAAGGACUGCCUGAGGUCUGUGAUGAAGAGAGUAAACCACAAGGUCCCACACGUUGCCAUGCAAGCCCUCACCUUGCUGGCUGCCUGUGUCAAUAACAGUGGAAGAAUCUUUCACUUAGAAAUCUGCUCACGGGACUUUGCCACUGAAGUCCGAGCUAUAUUGAGCAGGGCCCACCCCAAGGUGUGUGAUAAGCUGAAGGGGAUGAUGGUGGAGUGGUGUGAUGAGUUCCAGAAAGAUCCACAGCUCAGUCUGAUCAGUGCCACCAUUAAGUCUCUGAGAGAGGAGGGGGUCGCGUUCCCGUCUUCUGGCUCACAGGGGUCCAGCCUAAAGGUCACCACACCUGCUGUUAGUAAACCAUCUGACGAUGACGACCUUGCCAAAGCUAUCGAGCUGUCCCUGCAGGAACAGAAGCCGCAUGCUGAGACGCGGCCCCUCACCGUGUCCGCCGACCCCCCCUUCAACACCAACGGAGGCGGGGGUAGCAAGGACUCUCGGAAGGUGCGGGCGCUCUACGACUUUGAGGCCGCCGAAGACAACGAGCUCACUUUCAAGACGGGGGAGCUCAUUCUAGUCCUGGACGACAGUGAUUCAAACUGGUGGAAAGGAGAGAACCACAGAGGAGUAGGUCUCUUCCCAUCCAACUUUGUCACGACCAACCUCAAUGCUGAGCCUGAACUAGUAACUUAUGUGGAGAAGACACCAGCCCCGGAGGAGCCCAAAAUAGAAGCCAUAGUGGAGUCUGAGCCUGUCUUUAUAGAUGAGGAGAAGAUGGAUGGAGCGCUGUAUCUGCUCCAGAAUACUGACCCUGCUGAUGCAGCACCUGACUGCCCAGAGCUGGUCCAACUGGAGGGUGCUUGUGAGCAGAUGAAUCCAAUGAUUGAUGACAAGCUGGAAGACAUUGACAGGCAACACUCUGAGCUGUCUGAGCUGAAUGUGAAGGUGCUGGAGGCCUUGGAGCUCUAUAACAAACUGAUGAACGAGGCACCAUUCUACACAGCCUACUCCAAACUGCAGUCCCAGCAGCAGCCCCACUACGCACCUGCCUCUCACCUCCCCAUGCAGGUAUACCCAGGUCAGGCUGGUGGUUCCUACAUGCCUCCAGGGAUGCCCCAGGGACCCCCAGGCCAGCAGGCCUACAUGGGCUCUGACCAACCCGGACCACUCCAGUCGCUCCCCCCUAACGUCACAUCUCCCAAUGGUCAGCCAGCACAGCUUCCUUACAGUUCUCCAUAUGCACCUGCCGGUUACCCACCACAGAUGGGUGUAGCCCCACAGAUGGACAUGUCGGCCUAUCAGAACUCCAACCUGCCACCAGCCUCCUAUCAAAUGGCUGCUUCAUCGCACCAGACCCCACAGCAGCAACAGGCCUAUUAUCAGCAGCCUCUCCUGUAAAGUGCAAUACAACCAAGGCUGUCUGAGUGAGCAGCAGCAUAUCCCCACCAACAGACACAGUACAACAAUACACAAGUGUGUGUGUGUGUGUGUGUGUGUGUGUGUGUGUGUGUGUGUGUGAUUAUCCUCCCCCUAUUUUGACCUUUAUGAUAAAAUGCCCUUUACGUAGUGCACUACUGCUCUGGUCAAAAGUAGUGCACUACGUAGGGAACAGGGUACCAUUUGGGACACUACCUAGAUGAUUGUAACAAAGGUCAGUGGCUGUGUGAGAGGAGGGAGACUACAUGCCAACCUACCAGCCACCACAGCCCAUUUUGAAGGGAUGAACGUUUUAAGUAGAGAGUGUAAAAUAAGUAAUUUUCCUUAUCCUGGUUUGCCUCAAAAACAUUUAAGUGGGCAGCUGUCCAGCUGAUCAUUUCCAAACUGUAUCAUAGAUGCUAUGUGUGUGUUUGUCCCUGUUUUUUUAUUUUAUAUUUUUAAAUGUUGAUUACUCUUCACCCUCUGGUCUAUCAGGAAAUCAGUCUGAUUGAAGGAGUCCAUGGCUGGCCAGGACAAGUCAAUUCAAAAUGGAAUUGACCCCGACCAGGACUUGUUUGUUUUCUAUCUAACAGCAUCAUCCACUUUAGUUUACCCUUCUCGGGGCCAAAGGUUAUGAAGUGCUACAGCUAUCGGUAUUUCUUUCUGUGGUUUAGUCACUACUAUAAUACCGCAAUAUAGUUUGAUUAAUUUCCCAUACACUGCCUGCCUUGCAACACCCUUUGGUUGUUUAAUACAUUCUAGGAGUAAAGCAAAAUGUUUAAACAUUUUUAUUUGUGCGCUACUUCAAGGUGAAUUUAUCAAAUUAACUUGGCGUUAAAUAGAUUUUGAAUUGUGACCAUGCAGCCUUUCCAAAUUACUGCAGUUGUAGGUUCAAUAUACAUUUUUAUACACAUUACUUUUUUUGUAAUGCAAAUGUGAUCUAGCCUGGGUGCCUGUCUGUUUCUGCUCUCUUGCUAACUCAUGGAAUUUGUCAUGUUUGGCUUUACAAUAACAAUACUGCAGUUGGAAAGAUGGCGCAAACAGAUCUGGGACCAGGCUAAAUAACAACAUGGAUUUUGGUUAACACAACAUUCAUGUGCCAAGGCUCUAGGCAACUUCCUGGAGGCCCCGCAUACAGUGGUUAACAAGAUGUAAUUGCAAGCUAUAAGUGGUUGAUUGGGAAAGGAGCCUAGUCCUAUCUAUUUUUCUAUCGUCUUUCUUAAUUCACUUUUUUGUUGAAAAUGCUUUUGACAAUAGACGUUAUUAAUAGAUGUCUGUGAUUUAUUCAAUUGAUAUCUGUCUGCUUUUUAUGUUUCUGGGCUGUGAGCGGUCACGUUUUCAUAGAAAUCUAUUUCCCAAACAUAUUUUCAUUUAUGCAUUAUCUUUACAUUGGUAUGGCUGUCUGCUCUGCAGUUGGACCUUUUAAUUUUAAUGUUGUAAUUCUAUUUGUAUUUUAUUUGUUAUAUUAUAUAUUUUCCCUGGAUUAUAUCCAUAUGAUCAGAUAAUAUUUUAUGGUUUCUAGAUGUAAGAUAUACUUUCUGCUUUUAAUGCUUUUGUUUUUACUUUAUUUGUGUCUUAUCCAAAAUGCAAGCAGAACAAAUAGCUACCGUGACCAACAGCUAGAAAUGGGUCUUUACUGAUAAAGGUGUGUAUUGUACAAAGACUAGUAGCUAGAGAACUGUUAGACCUAAAAUGUUCAUCUGAACUUAAUGAAUCUGUUGAGUGAGACCGAGGACCAGGAUUCUGUUUUUGUUUAAUCUGGAUCAAGUCAACUCUGACUCAUAAGAACUGUCUAUGCUUUAUUUGUCUUAACUUGCCUCUUAUUAAAAGGUGUUGUGUACAUUACAUGUAAAAUAUCUUCUGGCAUUGUGGGUAUUGCACUUUAACCUUGUUAACAUUUUAUUUACCACUGGAUGCCUUGUUUUUCUUUAGGAAUAAGGAAUUGACAUCUGUAUAUCUAGAAUCCUUUAUAUUUAAAACGUUUCCAGGGAAUGUUCCGAUUCAGUACUACCGACAUAAUAACCGACUAUGUUUUGUAACAUCAAGAUUUCUCUUUAUCUUGUGUUAUUGUAAAAAUAAUUUCGAAACACAGUCGACUAAUAUUCUUUCAAAUAAAAUGUACCUGUGUUCAAGG